UUUUUACCUCAAUUGGCUCAUUAAUCAUCUUAACCCCAAUAAGUUAAUAUUAAUUUCAUUUUAAUUGUUAACCUUAACAUCAAACAAUAAUCAAAAAAUGUCCGCAGAAUUUGUUGGCGAUUACAACCUUGUAACCAGUGAAGGUUUUGAGGAUUUCCUUAAAGCUUUAGGUGUUGGAAUAAUGCUCAGGAAAACUGCUGGAGCUCUCAAGCCCUCAUUCCAAGUAUCUAAAUCCGACGACGGAACCUUCACAUUCAAAUCAGUUUCCACUUUCAAAACUUCUGAAUUUCAAUUCAAAUUGGGUGAAGAAUUUGAAGAGAAACGAUUAGACGGAAUUAUUUGUAAGUCUGUAAUCACUCAAGAUGGCAACAAAUUAAUCCAAGAGCAAAAAAGUGACCCACCAGCCACAAUUGUCCGUGAAUUUAACGGAGAUGACUUGAAGAUCGUUUGUACAUGCAAAGACGCUGUUGCCACCCGACUUUACAAAAAGGUGACCAAGUAAUUAACUAAUUGUUUGAAAUUAACUGAUUUUCAAGUUAAUCGACACGUUGAUUAAUAAACGAUUUUUAAUCAACUUAAAACUGUGUUAGUUAAUUAUGAAAUUUUAAUCAAUUGAAACUAAAGUUAAUCUUUUGAUUUGAAGAAAAUAAAAAUGAAACUUUUUAAUUAUAAUCAAA